UGACUUGUUUCCAUAGCAACACAAAUAUUCAAACAUUAUGAAAAAUAUUUUUUUAUCAUUGAAAAUAUUUGUAAAUUUAAAUUUAUCAAGAAAUAAGCAAUAAAUAUGGAAGCAUCCCGACCAUCAUCAACAAGACCGAUGUCUAGAAUUGGUACAGCAUCAAGGUUGAGUGCUAUGCCAUCGAAUAGGCUUGGUACAUCGAAAAAUAUUGGAAUAUCGCAAAUUGGCUUAUCUGAUCGUCCUCUAACGCAACAAGGCUUAUCGGGUAUUACAACGUCUUAUGGACGAAUUGGAACAGCAUCAUCAAGUAUGCGACAAGUGAAAGAUAAGCGCUAUUGGAUUGCUUUAUUGCAAUCGAAGGUUCAGGAGAUUUUGCAGGAAGUCGAGAAAUUGAAGAAGGAGAAGAAAAAUUUAGAUCGAGAGACGUCAGCGAAGAAGUUGUAUGAGAAGAAGGUCAAGGAUCAGGCAAAGGACUUGUCGAACCUUCAUUCAACCCUAUCCGAGAUCAACUUAGCUCUAGACAGCACAUCGUCAGGCGCAACACGUCAGCAGCUUCAAAACGAAGCAGUAGCAUUUCGCGAGAAAAAUGAAAUUCUUCAAAAUCAGCUCGAGCAAGUUUUCAAAGACAGACAGAAUAAAGAAUCACAAAAUCAACAACUAAUUGAGGCAAUUGAGGCAGAGAAAAAUAAAGUUAAUGAGUUGAUUUAUGCUUUAAGCCCCGAUGAUCAAAACAAAUACCGAGAAUAUCAAAUAAUAUGCGAGAAAUUAAAAUCAGAAAAUUCAGAGAUUCAUGCAAAAAUCGAGUCAACAAUAAAGCAAAAGGAGAAAUUAAGCAGCUCUGUUAUCAAUUCGCAGUCACGUUUGGAAGCAAUUAAGCUACAUUCAAAAUUACGUGAAACAACUGCUAAACGUAAUCAAUUAAAAGAUGAGGAAAUGAAUCGUUUGACGCCAGCACAAGAACGAGAAAAGUUGAUAAGUGACGUUCGAAUGAAUAAUCAGUCAAUUAGUAGUAUGAAUAAGCAGAUGAAAAUUAUUUCUGAUCAGCUACAAGAGAAGAGGGAGACACUGAGUCAAAUUGAGCAAGAUUUGGAAGAAGGGUCGUCUGAAAGAUUUGUAAAGUUUCGUGAAUUAAAGAAACGAGACGAAAUGAUGACAAAUUUUAUGGAAACUUUCCAGAUGCAGAUGACUAAAGAGAAGCAGCAUGUCGAAAACCUCAAGAAUCAAAUAACAUUUGCAAUCGAGCAGAUCACAUUGCAAGGAAUGAGUUCUAAAGUUGACGGCAACAUGAAAAUCAGCACGUCAAUAUUGAAUGAAAAUUCCCACAAUUUAAAUUCACAAGAAGGAUUAGUCAAAGAGUAUCGAAAGCUUCAAAUUCAAUUAAAACAGUUGAAAAUUUUAGAGAAGAGAAUCAAGAAGCAACUUGACGAUUUGAAAGAUACGGAAGGGAAUUUAUUGGAAGACAUACGAAAAUACAGCAACUUGAAUUCAUUGAGAGAAGAGUAUGCGAUAAAAUACGAAGAAAUUUCAACAGCAUUGCAGGAAUUGAAGGAUAAAAAGCGCGUCACAGAAAGUGUCGUUGAGGAUUCAGAAAAGAGAUAUAAAGCUCUUAAGGAUACUUUAAGAAACAAUGAAACUUAUCGUCAGAUAUCACACAUGGAAGAAAAACUGAGUGACAUAUUGAAGGAUAAUAAAUCACUUCAAGCAUCAGUUGAUGAUUUGAAUAAGGAAUAUGAAUUUUCAGAUUUGAAGAAAUCUGCAAUGCAAAAAGUCAACGACUAUAACCAUUUAUUGAAGAAUGAUUUGAAUUCUUCAUCACAAAAUAAAUAUUGAGAAUUUUCAGUGUAAUUGGAUUUAUGUUCUGAGUAGAAUUUGAGAUGGUGUUAUUUUUAGAUUUUUUUGU